UAAGUGGUACGUCAAGGGGAAUAUCUUGGAAGCAUCUUCGGAAAGCUGCUACAACGACGAGAAGGUGGUGAACACAGUCGCGGAUCUGUACCAGGCCGAAAGACGAAGAGGGAAAACAAAUGAAAUUAGAGGACAAACUGGAAAAGUACUGGAGGCGUCUUUUCUAUCUUCAACCAUUGUCAGAACCCACUGCUUUGGACCUUUCUGAGCUGGACUACUUUGGAGUAUUUAGUGUUAGAGAUCCACUGGCUCCAGACCGAAGACUUUGGCAUAUAUACAGCUGCUCACAACCGGAAAUUCUCCAAGUGGGGGACAAGAUACGACAGAAAUAUGGAAAGAAGAACGUAUGGGAAAUAUAUCAAAAGCCCAUAUAUAGUGGAGUUGGUUUCCGGAGUAUUGUAAAAAGGCACUUUUCCAACUUAAAGUGGAUCACGGAAGGAAAUCUAUUGGAGGCCCCGGAGAAAAGCCACUAUAAUGAUGAGCGCGUCCUUAAGGACGUUGGUGAUUUGCACAAUAAGGAGCAGAGAAGGCUCUUUGACUAUAUAAUGGUCCAGCACGAUUGGUUUAGGCGCUAUAACGACCAAAAACCUCCCCCCCGCUGA